AUGUCCCGUAUAUUUGAAAGAGUAGAUAAAGAAACUUUAUUAAGAGAUGAAUAAUUGAUAGAUGUAUUACGCAAGAUUAGGGAAAAAGUAUUAUCAGGACAUAUCGUAGAGCUGAAGACACUUAGUAGUGAAGUAAGGCCUCACAAUGUCAAAAUAGAUAGACAGAAUGUGUCGAGAUGAAAAACAAUUAGUUCCAAUAACAAAUAGAACUGAAUUAGAUGGAUUAAUAACAAAUCCUGAGCGAGAGAAUGAUGCUUUUCUUGAUUAAUCUUUUUCCAAGAAGAUUCAAGGUCCUCUUAAUACUUUGACUUAAUUAAAUUAACAUUAGCAAUCUCAUAGUGAAUCUGACUUCUCUCAAUAAUCAUUUUAUAGUGAUGAAGAACCUUGGAAUAUUGAUUACAUAACUAAUAAUCUUGAUUCUGUAUAAGGUAAUUUGAAUUGCAAUAAUUGUUCAAAUGUUGUUUUAGCUCUUAAGGCAUUAUUUGAAUAAAUCAGAUUAUUAUUGAUUAAGAAUGUCAAUAAGAAAUAAUUCUUAUACAAAUACAUAGUCUUAGCAUUACGUUGUUUAUAUAUUUUAGGAAAUGCAAUGAUAGUUUAAGGUAAUUACUAACAUGCAAUUUUGUAUUAUGAAAAUUGUUUAAGUAAGUUUACCAUUAAUGAACCAACUAUUAAAGGUAAAAUCUUAAUUGAGACAGGUAAGAUUUGUUUUAUUUCUAAAAACUUUUAAAAAUGUUAACAAUAUUAUUAUGAUGCAUUAUUACAUUAUGAAUAACUUAAUUGGCGUCUUGAUAUUGCAUAUGUUCUGACAUUGUUAUCUAGAUUGAAUGGAUGGUUGAGUAAUUAUGUGCAAUAAUUUAAGAAAAUCCGGAUGCUGCCAAUAAAUUGUGUUAUGAAAGCUUAGCUAUAUAUAGAGAUUAUCUACCUGAAGAGGAUGAACGUAUUGCUGAUACAUAUUUCAUAUUAGCUGAAUUAGCUUAUCUACGUAAAGAAUAUGAUGCAGCAUUUUAAUUUGCUGAAUAAUCUAUUUAAAUUUAUUAAUCCAAUAAUAAUAAAGAAUCUAAUGGUACUAAUUAAGAAUCUAAACCACAAUUAUCACCUGUAUAUAAUUUAUUAGGAAUAUUAUAUGCUAAUACAAAUGAUUAUAAAUAAGCACAAAAAUAUUUCUAUAAUGCUUUUUAAGGUGUAAGAUAGGAAUCAUUAAAGGCAGCACAAAUACUCAUGAAUUGGGGAAUUAUGUAAGCAUUAGAAUGCAGUUCUGAAUUAGCAUAAAAAGGUAUUUUGAAGGCCAAAUAAAUAACUUAAUCUUUUAAAAAUAAUAGUGAUUGGUCUAAUAGAUUAGAUAGGAAUUACUAAGAAUUAUUAUUAUUAUUAUGA